AUGGAGUGGGCGGAAAUGACAAAUAAACCAUUACAACUAUUAUUCCUAGACUGGAAGCAGGCCUUUGACUCACUCGACCACACCGCCAUGCUCGAAGCGUUGCGCCGUUUCGGUGUUUCAGAACUUAUGCUCAAGACAAUACAGGCUAUAUAUCAGUCUCCAACCUUUUACACCAGAGGACCCGAUCACACCGCCGCAGCAGGCUCUGUACACUCAGGUAUUAGGCAAGGAUGUCCCCUAAGCCCAUAUCUAUUUAUUAUAGUACUCACAGUCAUGCUUGCGGAUGUUGAUAACGACUUACUACUCCAAGGCACGCCCACCAAUACCUGGUCAGAAGGCUAUCCAACGUUCGAUUUAGAGCACGCGGAUGACACAUUGUUGUUAGCCUUGACCACACCGCAGAUGCAGGACAUUCUCACAUCAUUAGAGUCAGUAGCACAUGAAUACGGUAUGCACCUAAAUAAAACCAAGACUGAGCUCCUAAUCAAUCCCGAUCGCCCCUCCUCUCCGCUGUACUUUACGGAUGGCGCGGCCGUCCCGACCACACCGCAAAUCAAGUAUUUAGGCACCAGGAUCACAUGGAAAAAACCCUUUGACGCCGCAUUCUUACAUAGAGCAGCUAUAGCCGAGGAAGCAUUUAAGAAGCUCCGCUUAGUAUGGAACAGUAGCCUCUCCCAGGCGGUACGUUUACGUAUUUUCCAGUCUACCUUCACGCCCACACUUAUUUACGCGUUGGAUACCCUCACUCUUACGCAAAAACAACUAGACAGGGUGGAUGCUUUCUUCAUUCGGUUCCUAAGAAGAGUGGUUCGCGUCAAAGCAUCCUACUACUCCCGCAUCCCAAACACGGAAGUUAUGCGCAAAGCAGGAUAUCCAACCCUACCAUCCACACACAUCCUCAACGCCCAGCAUAAAACCCUUAAACAAGUAUUAUGGCCCCCAGAGCGGAACCAACACAUAGUGUGGUUUUUACAGCUGCCUUUAAGGACCGUAUUCUAG